GGUAUACGUGGCAGGAUGUGAUUGGUUUGCAUAUGUGUUCAACUCACACACAUUAUACAAUAUAACAUGCGGCAAAUUAGUAUCUCCUCACUUUCCGAUCGAUCUGAAUUUCCCGAGACUUUAGAGACACAAAAUCAAGUUUAAUCCUCCACUGAUAAGAGAUGGCAACGGGUGGAGCUGCUCCUCAGAGGGGAACUGCAGCAGCGGCAGCUGCUAACCUUCGUCGGAGGAGAACAGCCGGGGGUGGGGCUGCUGGUGGAGCGAGUGGAACCAUGCUUCAAUUCUACACCGAUGAUGCUCCUGGACUUAAGAUUUCCCCCAAUGUUGUGCUUGUAAUGAGCAUCGGUUUUAUAGCUUUUGUGGCGGUCCUUCACGUCAUGGGCAAACUAUACUUUGUUCGCAAGGAGUAGAUUCUAGUAAGGGCUGUGGUGAAUUUUUGUUUCAAGACAAAUCAAAACACUUGAAUGCUCAUGUAGUAUGUAUUCUGCUAGAAAUGUUUUUGGGAUAAUUUUGUUCAUUGAAGUUGGAAGGAGGAGCUACUUUUUUUAUU